UCAAAAUUCAAACUUAUAUGCUGAAUUGAACUAAACCAGGGAAUGUUCAGCAUAAAUAUUCCUCCACAGUCCUAUGAUGAUGAGCACAGGCUCCCCCUAGUCCUAUCAAAGGUGGCUUUGAAUCCUGUUGAAGCAUCAUCCACACACUUCUUCUGUGAACUUGGGUAAUACAGUUUUUUCAUGCUAAAAGAUCCAAAUUGAAGUCCAAAAAGAUAUGAGAUAUCUUCAAUCAUUGGUUGCUGGAGCUUUAUAUCUCCUCAUUGUAGCCAUGAGGACCCUAGGUGAUCCGCGUAAUACUGAAGUAGCCCGUCUCUGUAACUCCACUCAAGAUAUGGAUCCUAUGAGGCUAGCCGAAAAUUGUCGAAGGAUUAUGGACUCUCUCAAUGACCAGAUUGCCGAUAAGGGUUUUGGAUCUGCUGUCUCUGGUAAUGAGAGCUGGAAACUAUAUGGGCUAGCUCAAUGCAUGGGGGAUCUGUCAGAGACGGAUUGCCGACUCUGUUUUGCAAGUUCAAGGUUAAGUAUUCCUUCAUGCCAUCCAUCAGUUGAAGGAAGAGUUUACAUGGAUGGAUGCUUCUUAAGAUAUGCUGAACAUGAUUUCUUUAAUGAAACCAUGGAUUUCAUGGACCCAAAAAUUUGCAACUACAGUACCAAUAUAUCUGAUGAAAUGGGUUUUCUUCAAGCUAUUGGGAACCUUACAAGGAAUAUCGCAGUUGAUGCAGUUAAAAAUGGAGGAUUUAAGGUGGGUUCUAUUUCUUUAUCAAGAUACACGGUUUAUGGUUUGGGACAGUGUUGGAAUUCCCUUGAUAUGGAGCUCUGUAGAGAUUGUUUGGUGAAGGCUUCUUCUUCUGUGCUUUCCUGUGCUCCUGCCAGUGAAGCUCGGGCACUGAAUACUGGGUGUUAUAUGCGAUAUUCUUUGACGAAAUUUUACAAUGAUCCUAGUGCUUCCUACAAAGGAAACAAGUCCAAACUAAGAAUUGUACUCUCUGCAACUUUACCUUCUUUAUUUUUGGUACUGGGCCUCGUAUUUGGGUUCUUUAUUCACAGAUCUCGGUUCUUGGAAGCAAAGCGAGAUCGAUCUAAGCUGCCUGAACUGCCAGAGACAUUUUUCAACUCUAAGUUGAAUUUCAAAUAUGAAACGUUGCGGCAAGCCACUGGUUCUUUCAGGUUGUCAAGAAAACUUGGUGAAGGCGGCUUUGGUUCUGUGUAUAAGGGAACUUUUCCAGAUGGAAGGGAGAUUGCUGUAAAGAGACUCCUGGUAAACCGAACACAAUCGAUGAAAGAAUUUUUCAAUGAGGUGAAUGUCGUAAGCAGGGUUCAGCACCCUAACCUUGUGCGCCUGUUGGGCUGCAGUAUCGAAUGCUCUGAGUCGCUUCUAGUUUAUGAGUAUCUUCCCAACAAGAGCCUCGACCUCUACUUAUUUGAUUCAGACAAAUGUAUGGAACUAGAUUGGGAUAAGAGGUACAAGAUUAUGCUAGGUGCUGCAGAAGGAUUGGCUUAUCUUCAUGAGGAAUGCGAAGUAAGGAUUAUUCAUAGGGACAUCAAAGCAAGUAAUAUUUUACUUGAUCAUAAGCUGAGGCCUAAGAUUGCAGACUUCGGCCUUGCUAGAUUUUUUGGAGUAGAUCGAACACAUCUUGAUACUGGAAUUGCUGGUACAAUGGGUUACAUUGCUCCGGAGUAUGCUAUUCAUGGUCAAUUGACAGAGAAAGCAGAUGUGUAUAGUUUCGGCGUCCUUCUUCUUGAACUGUUGAGUGGGAAAAGAAAUAAUGAGGCUCAUAACUCGGAGAAUUGUGAUACUCUUCUCAACAUGAUGUGGAAUCAGUAUGAGAAAAAUGAAGCGUUGGAAAUUUUAGACCCUGUACUUGAAUCCAACUGCUCAAAAGAAGAGGUUUCAUGGGCCUUACAAGUGGGCCUAUUAUGCAUUCAAGAAUCCCCAUCACUCCGGCCUACAAUGUCAAUGGUGGUUCAAUUCCUUAAAAGAAAGGUACCCCAACUCCCACAACCAAGCCCACCACCAUUUUUCUAUUUUUCUGUCAUGGAAUCAGGCCAAGCUAAAGAAGCACCUGGCGGUGUUCAAUCGGACCAGUAUUUCUCUUCGACUACUUCUUUAUCUUCUUCUUUUGGGCCCCGGUAGGCACUGUUAUAUAUAUGUCAUUGGCCACUUUAAACUGUAUUUCUAUCUGUUACAACUGAACAAGAAUAUGUUCUCUCUUAUUAAACAAAGAAGGUGGGCACACUGCAUAGUUGCCCAGUUCUAACCUUGGAAACCAGCAUUUCCUGACUUCUACAAUGAAAUCUAGUGUAUAUUUCACCACAAUUUGUGAACUUUAAUAGUUUUGUGCGUUCAAUGACAUCGUGUAUAUUUCAAACA